AUGAUUGAAAUUGAUGAGAGAGAUCCACUCUGGAAACGAAUAUUGUACUUUAUUGAUUACCAGGACAUGAUCAUAUCAAUCCUUGCUCUUGCUGUUUGGCUUGGUCUUUCAACAAUCGAACCAAAUUAUUUAUAUAUACCAGAAAAUGACGGAGAUUCCAAUUAUCCAAUGAAAAAAUCACAAAUACCAUUUCUCCUUUUAUCAUUCAUUGUAUUUGGAGGUUUCAAUUUAAUUUUUAUUGGAUUAUACUUCCUUGCAAGGCGCUAUCCGAAGUAUUUUUGCAGAUUUGAUCUAUUUCCAGUUGCAUGGGGAUUGGUUUUUGCUAUUUCAAUGAGCAAUAUUUUUGUAAAUGUUCCAAAGAGCUACGUUGGACGCGCAAGACCAGAUAUUUACGCUAGAUGUGGAGUGAAAAAUUUAACCGAAUGUCCACAAAAAAUACUCAAAGAAGAACAUAAAUCUUGGCCAUCAGGUCAUUCUUCUACAGCUAUGUCAGCAACAAUCUACAUGGCAGCAUUUUUCAUUAAGUUUUUGUACGCAAAACCAUACGCAAUCAUUUUCUCAGCAUUAUUUGCAUUAUUUGGAAUUUACGUUGGCGCAACACGAAUAGUCGAUUUCAGACAUCAUCCUGACGAUGUUCUAGCUGGAUUAUUUAUAGGAUUCAUCGCUGCUUAUAUAGUUUGGGAAAAUUUAUCUACAAAAAUCUUUAUUGAGUCGAAUCAAAAGGAUGAAACACUCCCACUCCCACAAACUAUUACACAGUAA